CGUUUUGUUGCUGCUCAGCGCAGCCAGGCGCGGGGCGGGGAGGCUGCGGGGUCGGAGGCCCAGGCAUUGGGCGAAUCCUGGCCCACCGCCUGCCAACCGCGUGACCUUGAACGAGCUAAUGAACUUCACACCUCAACGUCCAGCGAUGGAGGUGCCCCAGCCCGAGCCCGCGCCAGGCUCGGCUCUCAGUCCAGCCGGCGUGCGCGGUGGCGCCCAGCGUCCCGGCCACCUCCCGGGCCUCCUGCUAGGACCUCACGGGCUCCCACGGUCCCCAGUGCGCGCGGCCGUUUCCUCGCCGGUCACCACCCUCACCCAGACCAUGCACGACCUCGCCGGGCUCGGCAGCGAAACCCCAGAGAGUCAGGUAGGAACCCUACUCUCCCGUAGCCGCAGCCGGCUGACAUGCCUAUCCCUGUCGCGAAGGGCAUCUGAAUCCUCCCUGUCGUCUGAAUCCUCUGAAUCUUCUGAUGCAGGUCUCUGCAUGGACUCCCCCAGCCCUGUGGACCCCCAGAUGGCGGAGCAGACGUUUGAACAAGCCAUCCAGGCAGCCAGCCGGAUCAUUCGAAACGAGCAUUUUGCCAUCAGACGCUUCCAGUCUAUGCCGGUGAGGCUGCUGGGCCACAGCCCUGUGCUUCGGAACAUCACCAACUCCCAGGCACCCGACGUCUGGAGGAAGGGCAAAGCCGGCGGUGGAGCUGCCAGCAGCUCCGGGGAAGACAAGGAGAACGUGCGCUUCUGGAAGGCCGGGAUGAGAGCUCUCGGGGGAGAGGAAGGGGCAUGCUGGGGUAGUUCCCUGGCAUGUGAGGACCCUCCUCUCUCAUCUUGGCUGCAGGAUGGAUUUGUCUUCAAGAUGCCAUGGAAACCCACACAUCCCACCUCUGCCCAUGCUCUGGCAGAGUGGGCCAACCGCAGGGAAGCCUUUGCCCAGAGGCCCAGCUCAGCCCCCGACUUGAUGUGUCUCACUCCUGAGCGGAAGAUGGACAUAGAGGAGCUCAGCCCCAUGGCCCGAGGUCGCUUCUCUCUGACCCCUGCAGAGGGGGAUACUGAGGAAGAUGAUGGAUUUGUGGACAUCCUGGAGAGUGACUUAAAGGACGAUGAUGCAGUACCCCCGGGCAUGGAGAGCCUCAUUAGCGCCCCCCUGGUCAAGACCUUGGAAAAGGAAGAGGAGCAGGACCUCGUCAUGUACAGCAAGUGCCAGCGGCUCUUCCGCUCUCCAUCCAUGCCCUGCAGUGUGAUCCGGCCCAUCCUCAAGAGGCUGGAGCGUCCCCAGGACAGGGAAACACCUGUGCAGAAUAAGCGGAGGCGGAGUGUGACCCCUCCGGAGGAGCAGCAGGAGCCUGAGGAACCUAAAGCCCGAGUCCUCCGCUCAAAAUCACUGUGUCAUGAUGAGAUCGAGAACCUCCUGGACAGUGACCACCGAGAGCUGAUUGGAGAUUACUCUAAGGCCUUCCUCCUACAGACUGUCGAUGGAAAGCACCAAGACCUCAAGUACAUCUCACCAGAAACGAUGGUGGCCCUGUUGAUGGGCAAGUUCAGCAACAUCGUGGAGAAGUUUGUGAUUGUGGACUGCAGAUACCCCUAUGAGUAUGAAGGUGGGCACAUCAAGACUGCGGUGAACUUGCCCCUGGAACGAGAUGCCGAGAGCUUCCUGUUGCAGAGCCCCAUCACACCCUGUAGCCUGGACAAGAGAGUCAUCCUCAUUUUCCACUGUGAAUUCUCAUCUGAGCGUGGGCCCCGCAUGUGCCGUUUCAUCAGGGAGCGAGACCGUUCUGUCAAUGACUACCCCAGCCUCUACUAUCCCGAGAUGUAUAUCCUGAAAGGCGGCUACAAGGAGUUCUUCCCUCAGCACCCGAACUUCUGUGAACCCCAGGACUACCGGCCCAUGAACCAUGAGGCCUUCAAGGAUGAGCUAAAGACCUUCCGCCUGAAGACACGCAGCUGGGCUGGGGAGCGGAGCCGGCGGGAGCUCUGUAGCCGGCUGCAGGACCAGUGAGGGACCUGCGUCAGUCCUGUUACCUCCCUUGCCUUUCAAGGCCUGGAGCCAGCUGCCCUACGGGCCUGCUUGGCUGAGGGCCUGCUGGAGGCCUCAGGUGCUGUCCUUGGGAAAGAUGGUGUGGGUGUCCUGCCUGUCUGCCCCAGCCCCGAUUCCCCUGUUUCAUUCCAUCAUUUUCCAUAUCCUGGUGCCUCCACACCCCUGGAAGAGCCCAGUCUGUUGAAUUAGUGAAGCUGGGUUCAUACCAGCUUCAAGGCAGGAUUUUGUGUCCUCCAGGAGCUUUUUUCCUUGUUAGGGUUAACCCUUCAUCUUCCUGUGUCCUGAAAAGCUCCUUUGUAUGUGUGUCAGCUGAGGCUGGGGGAGAGCCCUGGUCUCCGAGGAUGGGUCACAGCUAAACUCCUUCCUGACCUGGGAGUCAGCUCUCUGCCCUGGUCACCUCCCAGGCCACAGCUGCCCCUAACCUCUGUAGGUACCAUGUUAUGUCUGCCAUGUUGCUCCUUUCUCUUGUUCUCUUUCCUGUCCCGCCAUAUGAGCACCUCCGGCCUGAACAGAAGCUCUUACUUGUUCCUGUUUCAGUGUUACCUGCGUGCUUGGUCGUUUGACUUUAUACCCACCUCAGGACACUUUCGUAGGCUAUUUAGGUUCCCCUGUCAAAUAUUAGUUACCCACUUGGUCCCAGUUUCAUUGCCUCAGAAAGGGAUGUUACUAUCCUUGGGGGCUCCCAGGGCAAGGGCUAAGGCCUGAAUCAUGAGCCUGCUGGAAGCCCAGUCCCUACUGCUGUGAACCCUGGGGCCUGACUUGUCAGAACUUGCUGCUGUCUUGUUGCGGAUGGACGCAAGUUUGGAUGGAUGGAUGGAUGGAUGGAUGGGUGGGUGGGUGUGUGGGUAUGUGGGUGGAUGGGUGGUCAUGGAUGCACCAUGCCUUGCACACCCAAACUAGUUGGGAGCGUUUUGGUGAGCAUGACAGCCUGCAGCAGGAAUAUAUGUGUGUCUGUUUAUGUGGACAAAAAUCUUUACACUUAGGGUUUGGAACUAUUCAAGAGGAAAUGUCACAGAAGCAGCUAAACCAAGGACUGAGCACCCUCUGGAUUCUGAAUCUCAAGAUGGGGGCAGGGCUGUGCUUGAAGGCCCUGCUGAGUCAUCUGUUAGGGUCUUGGUUCAAUAAAGCACUGAGCAAGUUGAGAAACCA